AUGGGGGAGACGGAUCGCGAGAGGCGGCACAUGGCGUGGCGGCAAUUGGUGGAGCAGGCGAUGGAGGGCGGCGAGCUGGACAAUGAAAAGUUUCUGGAGAAGAUGAGGCGACGGCUGGACAGCGUUGGCGUGUCGUUCCCCGGAGUGGAGGUGCGCUUUGAGGGGGUGAGCGCGUCCGCCAAGGUGCGAGUGGGGAAGAGGGGCCUGCCUACGCUGCCCAACCAGCUCUCGAAUUCUGUCGGCGCCGUGCUGCGGGAGCUGCGGCUACUCAAGGACCAGCGCCGCCUGUUCUUCGCCCUCGACGGCUGCUCUGGCAUCCUCAAGCCUGGCAGGAUGACGCUGCGGCUGGGCCCACCAGGCAGCGGCAAGUCAGCGCUGCUGAGGAUCCUCUUAGAGAUGAUCCAGGCUGAUCAGCACUUAAUUUACACCUGCAUUACUCCCAAUACAACCCACCCCUCCUCCUUCCCAACACACAGGAUGACGCUGCUGCUGGGCCCACCAGGCAGCGGCAAGUCAGCGCUGCAGAGGAUCCUCUUAGAGAUGCUCCAGGCUGAUCAGCACUUGAUUUACACCUGCAUUACUCCCAAUACAACCCACCCCUCCUCCUUCCCAACACGCAGGAUGACGCUGCUGCUCGGCCCACCAGGCAGCGGCAAGUCAACGCUGCUGAAGAUCCUGGCAGGGAAGGCGGAGAGGGAGCUGCGCGUGCAGGGCGAGGUCACGUACAACGGCCGCCGGGGCAGCCAGUUUGUGCUGCCGCGGACCGUGGCGUUUGUGCCUCAGACCGACACCCACAUCGGCGAGAUGACUGUCCGGGAGACCCUCGAGUUCUCCGCUCGCCUGCAGGGGCCCGGCCACCGGGCAGGUGAGGAUUGA